AUGGCAGUCCCUCAGGCCAAGCUCAGAACGCCUGAAGAGGCCGUCGCCUCGAUCGCUUACCUGGCCAGCGAUGUCGUCGUCUCAGUGCAGCCGGCGAUUGGCACCGACUCGGCCUUCUCGAAGCAGCUGAAGCAGCUCGCUCAGUCCAAGACACAGAGCCUCGUCGCGAAAACGAGUGAUGCCGUGCCUGAGAUCGUCCCGGUCAGGCACAACACCGACCCUCUGCUCUCGGUCUUCACUCCUAUCCGCUCGGGCCGCCUGGUCUCCGUCACCACCACAUCCAGCAUCCUUCUCCCCUCAGUUGCCCAUCUCUACCGCCUGGCCAACUUCCCCGUGGUCAUCCAUGUCGCCCUUGCCCCUAAGAGAUUCCCCGACUACUCGGCGAUCACGGCCGUGAGGAACUCGGGCUGGACAUUUCUGCAGUCAUGGUCGCUACAGGAGGCCCACGAUAUUGCCAUUACUGCCCACGCCCUGGCCAUCCGCUCCGGCAAGGGUGUCAUCCACUUCUUUGACCCCUCUUCCAGCGAGGGUAAUGCCCCGAUCGAGCUCGCCAGCCUCGACGUCAUCCGCACCGUCCUCAAUUUGGACAAUGUGCGGCGAUUCCAGUCUGCUCCUGUCCCCGGGACAGGCAUCUAUGCUGACGAUGGCCGUAAAGCUCUGGUUGCUGAGCAGGCAGAGCCUGUGAUCGCUCCGGCAUCUGCUGCCAGUGCGGUUGCCGCUGCCAGUGAGGUCCCUGCGACGGGCGCCUCGUCCCCCAGUGCGACCUCUUCCUCUGCCAAGUCCAGCCAGCAGAGCACCAACACCGCGACGCCCACUGCCUCGGCGGCUACGACGAUCGAGGAGUCGGCUCCUGCUGUCACCUCCGAGCACAUCCACAAGUAUGCGACUGGCAUCUGGUCGCAACUGAGCAGCCUUAUCGGCCGCAACUAUAACGCCUUUGAGUACAAGGGCCCUGCCUCCGCCGAGAGCGUUCUUCUGCUCUUCGGCUCUAAUGUCAGCCUGUUCGCCGAUGCCAUCCUUCAUGCUCCCUCGAGCGAAGCCUUUGCCGGUGCUGGCCUGCUCAUCCCCAGGCUAUACCGCCCCUGGCUGGGCGCCAAGCUACUCGAGGCCAUCCCUCAGUCAGUCCGCAAGAUCGCUGUCCUUGAGCAGAUCUCCCGAAAGACGACCAGGUGGGGUCCCGUCCUGGUCGACGUCCUGACCUCGGUCAAGAGCACCCCUGGCGGCGUCGAGACGGUAGUUGGUCACCAGCUCGGCUACAUCUCCAAGACGACCGUCGAGCAGGCUCUCCGCGGCGUCUUCCAGAACCUCAGCUCCGACAAGCCUGUCCAAAACCUAGAGGUUGGCGAGCGGGAGGCCCCCAAGGAGGCUCCCGAGUAUGGCCUCGAGCAGCCGGCUCUCGAGAACGCUUACAUCAAGAUCCUCAACAAGCUCUUCGGCAACCGGGUAUUCAUUGCCAACGCACUUGGUUCUGACAAUGCUGGUGUCUCUGACACUAUUGCUGCCUCUCCGGAGUUCGGCUUCGGCUCUCUCCUGGCUCGCAAGGAGCGCCGCCAGAAGUUCGUCGAGCAGGCAAAGAAAUUCGCUAUCAUUGGCCAAUUCCUGACUGACGUCCCCAAGCGUGCCCUGGCCAAGUGGGCUACCAGUCUUGACGACGUCAAGAAGACCGAGCAGGCCGCCGAAGAGGUCAUCUCUUCCCUUACCAUUGACAACUCGACCCUGGCCAAGACUCUCCUCGAGGGCAAGGCUUUCUUUCAUAAGGAGUCUCUCUGGCUCGUUGGCUCCGAUGCCUGGGCCUACGACCUCGGCAACUCUGGUGUGCACCACGUUCUGGCGUCGGGCGAGAACGUCAACCUGCUUAUCAUCGACUCGACCCCCUACUCCGAGCGCGCCGCUGCUGAUGCCAACAGGCGCAAGAAGGACAUUGGGCUUUAUGCCAUGAACUUUGGUAACGCCUACGUUGCCUCGACCGCCGUCUAUUCCUCCUAUACCCAGGUCCUGCAGGCGCUUGACGAGGCCGACAAGUUCAACGGCCCGUCGGUCGUCCUCGCCUACCUCCCCUACAAUGACGAGCACGACUCUCCUCUCACCGUGCUGCAGGAGACCAAGAAGGCCGUCGAUCUCGGCUACUGGCCCCUGUACCGUUGGAACCCGGACAAUGAGGCUAAGGGAGAGCCCAAGUUUGCUCUAGAUUCGGAGCGCAUCAAGAAAGAGCUCAAGGAGUUCCUGGAUCGCGAGAAUCGUCUCACACAGCUCAUGCGCAGCCAGCCUCAGUAUGGCGCUGUCUUGUCGGAGGAUUACGGCACCGAGAUCCGCGCACAACAGAGGAGGCGGGCGAAGGAUGCCUACAACAAACUGCUUGAGGGUCUUUUUGGUGCUCCUCUGACCAUUUUGUUCGCCUCCGAUAAUGGCAACGCUCAGAAUGUGGCGAAGCGGUUGGGUAACCGUGGCCGCACGCGUGGUCUCAAGACCAUCGUCAUGUCGAUGGAGGACUACCCUGUCGAGGACCUGCCAAGCGAAGAGAACAUCGUGUUCGUUACCUCUACUGCUGGUCAGGGUGAGUUCCCCCAGAAUGGCAAGCCGUUUUGGGAUGCCAUCAAGGACAAUACCGAUCUCGAUCUCGCCUCGGUCAAGUACUCGGUGUUCGGUCUUGGUGAUAGCCACUACUGGCCUCGUAAAGAGGACAAAGUCUACUACAACAAGCCCGCCAAGGACCUCGACAGGCUGCUGUCCAACUUGGGCGCUACCCGGCUGGCUCCCCUCGGCCUUGGUGACGACCAGGAUCCUGAUGGCUACCAGACUGGCUACCAAGAGUGGGAGCCCAAACUGUGGGAGGCGCUCGGCGUGGCAAGCGUCGAGGGCCUGCCGGAGGAGCCUCCGCCGAGGACCAACGAGGACAUUAAGCUCGAGUCCAACUAUCUGCGGGGCACCAUUGCGGAGGAGCUCAAGGACGAGUCGACCGGUGCCAUUUCGGCCGACAACUCCCAGCUCACCAAGUUCCACGGCACUUAUAUGCAGGAUGACCGUGACAUCCGCGAUGCCCGCAAGGCCCAAGGUCUCGAGCCGGCCUAUUCGUUCAUGAUCCGCUGCCGUCUACCGGGUGGUGUCGCAACCCCUCAGCAAUGGAUCCAGAUGGACGAUAUCGCCAACACCUAUGGCAACAAGACCAUGAAGCUCACGACCCGUCAGACCUUCCAGUUCCACGGCGUCAUCAAGCGCAACCUCAAGAAGGCUAUGCAGGCCAUCAAUCGCGCCCUCAUGACGACCUUGGCUGCUUGCGGUGAUGUCAACCGUAACGUCAUGUGCAGCCCGCUGCCGUCGCAGUCCAAGUACCACCGCGAGGUCUGGGCCUGCUCCAAGAAGAUCAGCGACCACCUACUGCCUCAGACGUCAGCCUACCACGAGAUCUGGCUGACUGACGAUAACGACAAAAAGGAGCUGGUUGCUGGCAACGCCGUCCAGGACUUCGAGCCUCUCUACGGCCCGACUUACCUGCCCCGCAAGUUCAAGAUCUCGAUCGCCGUGCCCCCGCACAAUGAUGUCGACGUCUACGCGCAUGAUAUUGGUCUGAUUGCCAUUAAGGGUGCCGAUGGCCACCUCGAGGGUUUCAACCUGCUGGCUGGUGGUGGUAUGGGUACCACUCACAACAACAAGAAGACUUACCCGCAGCUGGGUCGCAUGCUUGGCUUCGUCAAGACGGCCGACGUGCACAUUGCCUGCGAGAAGGUAAUGCUUGUGCAGCGCGACUUCGGUGACCGCAAGAACCGCAAGCACGCUCGUCUCAAGUACACGAUCGACGACAUGGGCGUUGAGAUGUUCAAGGCUAAAGUCGAAGAGUACUGGGGCCAGAAGUUCGAGGAGGCCCGGCCGUUCCACUUCGACAGCAACGUCGAUACCUUCGGCUGGCAGAAGGACGAGACGGGCAUGAACCACUUCACCUUCUUUAUCGAGAACGGCCGUAUCGAGGAUACUCCCGACUUCCCGAUGAAGACUGGUUUGCGCGAGAUCGCCAAGGUUCACAAGGGCGAGUUCCGUCUCACCCCGAACCAGCAUCUCAUCCUUAGCAAUGUCGCCGACGAAGAUGUCCCUCUCAUGAAGGAACUCAUGGCUAAGUACAAAUUGGACAACCUCAACUUCACCGGCCUGCGUCUCAGUUCAUCGGCUUGCGUCGCCUUCCCGACCUGCGGUCUCGCCAUGGCCGAGUCGGAGCGUUACCUGCCCGUGCUGAUUACCAAACUGGAGCAGGUGAUCGAGGAGGUCGGCCUGCGCCGCGAUUCCAUCGUCAUGCGCAUGACGGGCUGUCCGAACGGCUGCGCUCGUCCUUGGCUGGCGGAGGUUGCUUUCGUCGGCAAGGCGUAUGGCGCAUAUAACAUGUACCUGGGCGGCGGCUAUCACGGGCAGCGACUGAACAAGCUGUACCGGUCGAGCAUCAAGGAGGAGGAGAUCCUGCCGAUUAUGAAGGGUCUGCUCAAGAGGUAUGCGGCGGAGCGCGAAGAGGGCGAGCACUUUGGUGAUUGGUGCAUUCGGGCGGGUGUGAUUAAGGCGACGAAGGAGGGGAGGGAUUUCCACGAUGGGGUUGCUGAGGAAGAGGGUGAGGAGUAG